AAAUGCAAAGAAAUAUUAGCCCAUUAAAGCAGGCCCAGUUUCGGAUAACUUUUUCAGUAUUUAACAUUUCCUCCCCAAACACUUUCGUUAAUUCCACAACAAAGCCACCUUACACCGCCACCACUACCUGCCGCCGCCUCCGCCGCCGCACAGAAGCAGAGAGAUGUCGAAGACGCUUGUGCAGCCGAUAGGACAGAAGAGGCUUACGAACGUGGCAGUGGUUCGCCUUAAGAAGCACGGCAACCGAUUCGAAAUCGCUUGCUAUAAGAACAAAGUUCUCUCAUGGCGCUCCGGCGUGGAGAAAGAUUUGGAUGAAGUGUUGCAGUCUCAGACUGUUUACUCCAAUGUUUCGAAAGGUGUUCUCGCUAAAUCGAAAGAAUUAGUGGCGGCGUUUGGGAUGGAUGAUCAAUCCAAAAUAUGUUUGGAGAUUUUAGAGAAAGGAGAGCUACAAGUUGCAGGGAAGGAGAGGGAGUCACAAUUAUCUAGUCAAUUUAGGGAUAUUGCAACUAUAAUCAUGCAGAAGACUAUUAAUCCUGAAACUCAACGACCGUAUACCAUAAGCAUGAUUGAGCGACUAAUGCACGAUAUACACUUUGCUGUUGACCCAAAUAGCAGCUCAAAGAAACAGGCAUUAGAUGUUAUCCGCGAGCUUCAGAAGCACUUCCCCAUCAAACGGUCCCCUAUGAGACUGAAAUUAACUGUACCUGAACAGAACAUGCCAUCUCUCUUGGAGAAGAUCACUGAGUGGAAUUCCACCGUCGUUUCAAAAGACGAAUCUGGAAAUCAGCUAUCUGUUAUAUGUGAACUGGAUCCUAGUAUUUUCCGUGACUGUGAUGCUUUGGUAAGAAACCUGCAAGGGAGACUAGACAUCGUGGCAGUGAAUGUGCAUGUCGGUAGUGAGACACACAUGGACCAUUACGGUGAUUUGGAAGACGAACCAUUGAGCGUACAGAAGGAACCUGUGGGGCCCGUUGCACAACUGAGUGAGAAAUUGGAGAAGCAAGUUGUUAUUUCUGCCAAAGAAGGGACUUCUUCUCAUGGAGGAGAUGUAGUAAAACAGCAAAAGUGCAGCACUUGCGAUGCGUUUGUCGGUGACGCUAAACAGUACAGAGAGCACUUUAAGAGCGAAUGGCACAAGCAUAAUCUCAGACGCAAGACCAGACAGCUCUCUCCUCUUACUGCUGAAGAGUGCAUGUCUGACUUGGAUAUUGCCGACUCAAAAGCUGAUUUGAAGAAUUAUUCCUUUUGACUGUUUCUAAGGAUAUGUAUUUAUCUCCCGUUUUGUGCUUGUGAUCCGUUUCUCUAUUUAAUCGGCCAGAGUUUUCUUCACACUAAACAUUACAACUUGGAAAAACUUGUUAAUCUGUAGACGAGCGUUAAUUACUGUGUACAUCUCUAGUCCUGUGCAGUACUUGAUGUGCUUGUAUUCGGUUGAGGUUUCUCUCUGGGUUCAAGCAGUUUAUUUAAUAUUUUGUUGAUUGAUCC